AGAAGGAAUAUUUUGGAUUUGUUUUUAUAACAAAGUAAUACUAUUAUUGUCGAAUUAAACUGUGCUAAAAUUAUUUUUUAUUUAUUUAGUGUAAAUAAAAAAUACAGUGAAUCUGUUUAAGGCAACUAAUGUCUUUAGUAUAACAGAAAAACAAAAGUAUCAUAAAUCUUUAAGGUUAUAAAGACUUUGAUAUAAAAAGAAUUUUGUUAUUUUAUACACAAAUAUAUUUUUGUAAAGAAAAAUGGCUCACUAUAAAGGAGCUGCCAGUGAAGCUGGUCGUGCCAUGCAACUCAUGAAAAAACGUGAGAUUGCACAGCAGGAAAUAGAAUUGAGAAAAAAGAAAAUAGAAGAUGAUCUGAAAAUUCAUAAUAUAGAAAACAAAUUUGCCACUCAUUACAAUGCAGUGGAACAGCAAUUGAAAACAUCUACCAUCGGUCUUGUUACYUUGAAUGAAAUGAAAGCUAAACAAGAAAACAUAGUGAAGGAACGCGAAAGAAAACUUGCCCAAAAAGAACAAGAAAAGGAACAAGAGAAGGAAAGAGCACUAGCUGCAAAGCAAGCAGAGAAAAAUAAACAGAAACGACAAAUACAAGCCUUAUCGUUUAAUUUGGAUGAAGAAUCUGAAGAAUUAGACGAUGAAUCAGAUGGAAAUUCUGAUAAGUCUGAAAAGUCAAAGAAUGAGAUUAAUGGUCCAAUUGUUAAAAGAAUUAAGAAGAAUCCUGAUGUGGAUACAAGCUUUUUGCCUGAUAGAGAAAGAGAAGAAGAAGAAAAUAGAUUAAGAGAAGAACUGCGACAAGAAUGGGCGCAAAAACAAAAUGCGUUAAAGGAAGAAGAAAUAGAAAUAACUUUCAGUUAUUGGGAUGGAUCUGGUCAUAGACGUAGUGUCAUUAUGAAGAAAGGUAAUUCGAUUUAUCAACUACUUCAAAGAUGUCUGGAAGUUUUAAGGCGUGAAUUUAGUGAACUCAAAACUGUAAUGGCAGAUCAAUUGAUGUAUGUCAAAGAGGAUCUUAUCUUACCGCAUCAUUAUACUUUUUAUGACUUCAUUGUCACCAAGGCGAGAGGCAAGAGUGGACCACUUUUUACAUUUGACGUUCACGAUGAUAUCAGAGUUAUGCAUGAUGCAUCUGUUGAAACUGAAGAGUCGCAUGCUGGCAAGGUUUUAUUAAGGUCAUGGUAUGAAAGAAAUAAGCAUAUAUUUCCUGCCAGCAGAUGGGAACCUUUCGAUCCCACCAAAAGUUAUGACAAAUACACGGUUUCGGAUAAAAACAAAAAGAAAGACUUAAUAAAAUAAUGCAUUGAAAGUUAUAUAUAGAAGAAAUUGAAAUUAAGGAAAUAUUAUAUAUUUGACACAUUACCGAAUAGUGUGGAAUUGUAUAUAUUGUGUUUAAUUAUAUUCCAUUGGCRAUGGAAAGUGUAUAGUCUGAUAAAGUCCACAUAGUUGGCAAUGAAUUAAUGAAUUAUAAUUUGAGUAGAAUCUUGUAAAAUGUGAAUCAUACAUUGUCAUCUUUUUCGUAAUUGUUUAUUUUUAUGAUUUUUCACUGUCUUCAAGGAUAAUUUGCAAUAAAGAUAGCGAUAGAAAUUUGUGAUUUUCUAAUGUUUAGAAAUAAUAUAUAUGUUUUUAUAAAUAUAUUGUAAAUAUAAUUAUCCUAAGAGUUGAUUUUUGAUAAAAUUAAUUCAUAAGCAAUUAAUCACGUUUUAUAAGAUUCUCCAGCAUUAAGUUAAUAACAUUAUCGGUUAAGAUAUUUGUUAUGUAGUUAUCUUUAUUACUACAUAUUUGAGAUAGAGGCACAUGAUUCAUUUUAAAUUUAUCAAAUUACAUAGUUGCAAAGUAUUCAUACAGAAUAUGAAUGUAUUGUCAUAACAAUGAAUUAAUUGAGCCAUUUACAGGUCAAAACGAUUCAUUCCAGAAAAUUAAUUAAGUUUUAUACAAUAUUUAACAGCCAUACAAGAUUUUGUUAAGCUCAUUAUUACAUAUGAAAAAAAUUUAACAUCAUUGAAGCACUUUGGUACUAUUAUUUGAAAAAAAAUAUAAACAUGGAAGUAAUUUUUGUUGCCUGUAAAUGACUGAAUCAUAAGUUUAUAAGAUAAAAUAUUAUCUAUUUAACUUCAAAUUUUCAACUUUUAAUUUUUCUAUAAAUAGCAGAAAAUACAAGAUAUUCAUUUUAUAUAAGAUAUAAUAUAUGUAUAUGCAUAUAUAAGAUUUCAAAUGUAUAUUAUUUCUUUAGAAGCCGCUGUUAUUUGUCUUUUUUCAUUACCGUCAGUUAAUGAAGCUAUAAUUAUUUUUGAAUCUUGUAAUAAUUCAAUUAGAAUGUUUUUAUGUACAUUUUGUAAAGUAUUUAUUGUUGAUAAAUGGUUAACUGAAGCAUUUAUUAAAUUUGUAUUACUUGUAUUUGAUGGUAAUAGCAUAUGUUUUAUAGGCUUUUUACAAUGUUUAUGUGUAACACCAUUUUGUAGUACCUAUUGUGAGGGGGACCGAAAAAUAAUGUCGUUUCUGCGCGUAUCAAUUGCAUUUAUUAUUUAUCAGCUCAUUGUGUACUUCAACAGCAUGCUUGAAUUUAAUGUAAAAAAAUGACAUUACUUUCAGGUCCCCCCAAUAUUUGGACAAUUUAUUUUGAAAGUGGUGUAAGUCUAUUUUCUCUUGUUUCGAGAAAAUUAAAGGUUUUCAUAUCAAUGAUUACUCAAUUUCUUUUACCGAUCAAUUUUAAAUUGUACAAAACAUG